UGGGUGUGGCGGUUUUCCCCGCCCACCAACCUCUGUUUAGCCCCGCCCCCUGUAAUGUCUCCGCCCCCGAUGUGCCAGCUAGGAGCGUGGAGCUGCUCUUGUUCCCAGCCCUGGUGUUCCAGCAGCCUGGCCGCCUGGCGUCUCUGGAGGUGAUGACCCAGGACCUGCCCUCCCUAACCCAGGUGCUGCUGCAGCUCUACAGGCCUCACUGCCGACACCUUCCCAUGCACCAGCUGCUGCUGCCUGGCUGUGGUGGUCUCCUCUGCUCUCCCGUUGCCGUGUGCGUCGCUAAGGACCCCUCCCACCCCUCCGCCACCCCCGCCCCUCCCCCAUGCCCCCCCCUCCAGCAGUGGUGCCCCUUCCAGGGUGCCUGCCUGAAUCUCUCCAGCCCCUGCCACCCAGGCCUCUGCCCCAACUGUACCCAGGCGGAGAGCCUCUCUGCUGGGGCAGGCCGGCCGCGGUACUCCCUGGGGGAUCAGGUGUGGUUCAGCCUGCCACCUGGAUCUGCCAGGCUGGUACUGGUCCAGGAGAGGCUGGAGGAUCUUCUGGUCUACCCCGGUGAUGUCAUCGCCCUGCAGCACGACGCCGGCCCCGCCUCCCUGCUCCGCUGCGACCACGCCCCCCAGUCGCCGUGGCGACACAGCGUCCUGGCCCUCAACCGAACGGGCUGGCUGGACGCAAAUGCCACCGGCGACGCCCCGCCAGACCUGGACCUGGAGGCGGCGGAGGGAGGCUGGCUGAGCGAGGUGGUGUGCCCAGUCAGGGUGCUCUACGCUGGGCAUAGCCAGCUCCUCCUCCAGCCCCCACAGCUCUCGCUCUCCUCCGGGACCCCCGUCCCGGGAGUCUACAGCCUGGAGGUGACCUCCUGCAUCGGCCGUACCCCCGUCACCUCCUCCUGUCCCGUCACCAUCCUGGCCCCCCUCGGUCUCACCGUCCUUCACCCCCUCCCCCAGAACGGCACUUUCUACUUCCUGCCCAACCACACCUUUGUCCUGCUCCGGGUCCAGUCCACCUACCCAACCCAGCUGUUCUGGGACCACGACCACAACCACAGCCUGGCUUUCCAGAGGGACUGCCCCGCGGCCCUCCUGCCCAGGAUGGGGGCCUGCGGCAGGGCGGAGCAGGGAGGGGAGGGGCCCCUGCUGUACGCGGUGCUGGAGUUGGGGGUGGGGGUGCAGGAGGGGGCGGUGAGGAUGGAGCUGCGGGCCCAGAGCUCGGUGAUGGAGGACAGGCUGAGCGUCAGGGUGCAGGUGGAGCAGCCUGUCUCUGGGCUGCAGGUGCAGCCUCACCCCUCACACAGGGUCAUCAUGGAGUCCGUGGUGAGCUAUGCCGCAGCGGUUGAGCAGGGCUCCAACCCCACCUUCAAGUGGACGGUGGACGACAAACCUUACUUCACCUACUACAACACCGUCCUCAACGUGAUCUACCAGAACCCCGCCGUGUACAAGCUCUCAGUGACGGCCAUGAACCACGUCAGUAACUUGACGGAGCACUUUAACGUGACGGUGGAGCGCAUGCACCCCAUGGUGAACCUGACGGUGACGGGAGUGCCGGACGUGGUGGCGCAGGGCUCCGUCCAGACCCUCAGCGCCUCCGUGGUCCUGGACGCAUCUGUGGACGCCACCUUCAGGUGGUCGUUUGGGGACGCGGGGUACAGUGAGUACAACUACAGCCCCCCCUACCACCCCCAGCUGGCCCUCCCAGACUCCCCCUACCAGCUGGUCCUUAGCCACAACGUCACCUACAUCUACCCACAGCCAGGCGUGUACACGGUGGUGUUGUCCAUCUCCAACCGCUACGAGAAUGUGACCCGGCACAUCGACAUGCACGUCUACAGCAUCCUCACCUACGUCGACAUAGAAACCACCCUGCUGCUGGCCGGCCAAUCAGCCGCCUUCGAGGCUCACGCCUGGCCCUCCGCCUACGGCAUCACCUACACCUGGGACUUUGGGGACGGCUCCGCCUCUCUGCAGGGGCGGGAGCGUCGCGUGGCCCACACCUACGCCCGCAGCGGAAGGUACCUGGUGUCCGUGGAGGUCAACAACACGGUGAGCUGGAGGUGCGGCAGCGAGAACGUGACGGUGUACGAGGAGGUCGGGGGGUUGUCCGUCGACGCCCCUCCCCCGACCGAACUGAACACGCCCACCCGGGUCUCCGCCAGCCUGUCGUCAGGCAACGACGUCACCUGGAACUUCACCAUGGGAGACGGGGCGGCGUACACGCAGGCGGAGUCCGCCGUGUCGCACACCUACGCCAAAGACGGGAACUACACCGUCAACGUGACCGCCGGCAACGCCGUGAACGUCCGCUGGGUCGCCGUGGCGAUACAGGUGUUCGUCCUGCAGGUGGUGCGCCUCGAGCCGUCCGGCUGCGUCCCCGAGCGUCAUCCAAUCAGCUUCCGGGCGUGGGUGUCGGGUAACCACUCCUCCCACCUGUACGAGUGGAGCUUCGGCGACGGGACCGCCAACGAGACCCACCACGGGAGCCCCAGAGUUGAGCACUCCUACCUGGCCAGCGGGGACUACCCGCUCUCCCUGCUCCUCUCCAGCGGAGCCAACAAGGCCAACUUCUUUUCCUGGGUAUGUGUGCAGCCAGCGGUGACCAACAUCAGCCUGACGUCGGGGAAAAGACACUUCCUGUUGGGGGAGGAGAGCCGGUUCUGGACCCGGGUCGAACCUGACUUCCACUACAGCUACCUGUGGGACUAUGGAGUGGAGGAGCCCGGCCUGGCGCCGGUCCAUGGUGAGGCGGAGACGGCGUUCACCUACCGGAGCCCCGGUCAGUACUUGGUGACGGUGACGGUCUUCAACAACAUCUCCAGCUCCAACGCCAGUGUUCUGGUGGAGGUUCUUAGAGCAGUCGGCCCCGUCCUGAUCCAACACAACGGAACCAGAGCCAGCAACCUGACCCUGAAGGAGCCCUACCUGUUCCUGGCCUUCCCCAUCACCCCCAACGUCAGCUUCACCUGGGACAUGGGGGACGGGACUCCGCCCUCGACGGGGCCCAACGUCACUCACAGCUUCAACGCUUACGGAACCUUCCACGUCUCCCUGGCAGCGAGCAACGCUGUCAGCAGCAACCGCACGGAGAAGACCGUGGUUGUGCUGGCGGCGAUCCGCGGACUGUCGGUCAACGCCAGCCUGGUGAUCGUCCCGCUGAACGCGACGGUCACCUUCGAGGCGCAGCUGGAGGAAGGGGACGACGUCCGCUUCUCCUGGAUCGUGUGCGACCACUGCACCUCCAUUCCCGGAGCGCACACCAUGUACUACACCUUCCGCUCCGUGGGAACCUUCAACAUCAUCGCCACGGCGGAGAACGACGUGGGCGUGGCCCAAGCCAGCAUCCUGCUGUUCGUUCAGCAGAAGCUGGAGGGCCUGACCAUCGUGUCCGGGGGGGGGGAGGAGGAGCUGGGGGGCGAUGACGGCUGUUGCUACGCCACCAACCGUCUCCUGCACCUGCAGGCGUUGCUGAAGGAGGGAACCAACAUGUCGUUCAGCUGGAAUCUCCUCCGGGAGCUGGAAACGCCCAGCGCGGCGCUCAACCUCAGCGGCAAGACCAUCGAGGUCAACUUCUCCACGCCGGGAUCAUGCGACGUCUCGCUGCGGGCCACCAACCUCCUGGGUCAGCUGGCCGCCAACAGAACCAUCCAGUUUCUGGAUCCGGUGGGGCAGCUGGAGCUGGUGACCAGUGCCGACUACGUGGCGGUGAACGACUCGACUAACUUCACCGUUCUGGCCGGCGAGGGAUCAGACCUGCAGUACCGCUGGUCGGCAGUUGACGGCGCUCUACCCUGGAAGGGACCCUCUGUGACCCAGGUCUUCUCCAGCCCCGGCUGGAAGUUGGUGACUGUGAAGGUCUUCAACCAGGUCAGCUCCGAGUCUGUGUCCAAGGCCAUCAGCGUCCAGGAAGUGGUGACCGGAGUGUCGUUCACGUCCCAGAACGUGACCGAGCAGAACUACGUGGCGACGGGGGUCAACGUGUCCUUCAAGGGGUCCGUCCUGACCGGGACAGACGUGACGUGGACCUGGCUGUUGCCGGGCAGAACAGGAACAGGGAGGCAAACCUCCCACGUGUUCACCUCCCCGAGGAGGACCACCGUCACGCUCAAUGCCACCAACGACGUCAGCGGCCAGGCGCUUUCUAUGGACUUCUUCGUCCAGGACAGGAUCCAUGGGCUGGAGCUGAUGGCCAGCACCAAGAUCGCCGCUGUGGACGAGAGGGUGGAGUUCACGGCCGCCGUGGCGACGGGGACUGACGUGGAGUUUGUUUUGAACAUCAGCGGAGACUCGACGGGUGUUCCCCUGCUCAACCAGGCCUACGUGCACCGCUUCUCCAGAGUGGACAGCUACAACAUCAACCUGACCGCACACAACCAGGUGAGCUCGGAGUGGCGUCACGUGCAGGUAGAGGUCAUGGAGCCAAUCAGCCGCCUCCGAAUCCUCGACUGCUGCCCCGCCGCCAUCCCCGUGGGCGAGAAGAGAACCUUCGUGGCCGACAUCCUGACAGGCCGUCCUGUGACUUACCUGUGGACCUUUGACCUUCACCACCGCUCCCGCAAGGUCACGGGCUUCUACAGAGAGGUGACCUACACCCCUGAGGAGCCGGGCUCUCUGACCGUCUUCCUGCGAGCCUUGAACGCCCUGAACAACCUGAAUGUGACCAAACACAUCCUGGUCCAGACCCGCCUGGAGGCCUCGCAGGUGCGGGCCCAGCCCGCCGACACCUUCGUCAACAAGACGGUAACACUGACCGUGUCGGUGUCUCCCCGGGCGUCCCCGGUGACGUACCUGUGGGACUUCGGCGACGGGUCGAUGCCAUUGAUGACCAACGUGGCGACGGUUACGUACGAAUACUUCCGCUCGGGUCACUUCCUGAUCCAGGUGAACAGCAGCAACCUGGUGAGCUGGACGCUGGCCCACGCCGGUGUGAACGUCAGCGUUCUGGAGUGCGAGGAACCGCGGGUUCUCAUUGUGCAGGCGCCCCGCCUCGCCACAUGGCGCUCCCAGCCCGCCCUGAUGGAGGCAGCCGUCGACCUGCGCGGCUGCGCCCGCUACGGCGCCCGCUACCUCUGGCAGGUCCUGCGCUCGCCCCGCUGCCCCGACAACGCCGACCGCGGGGCCUCCGACCAGCAGGGGGCGGUGGUGCCCCUCCCGCGGGAGGUGGACGUGAGGCGGCUGCAGCUGUCCGUGCCCAAGAUGGCGCUGAGCGCCGGGAACUACACGCUGGUGUUCUCGCUGGCCUAUCAGGGCGUGCCGCUGCGGAAGGAGGCGUGCCUGCAGCUGAGCGUCAUGGAGCAGGCGCUGGUGCCCAUCAUCGAGGGCGGGACUUAUCGGGUGUGGUCGCGGAGCCAGGACCUGCAGCUGAGCGCUGAGCAGUCUUACGACCCCAACAUGGGCCCAGAGAGCCAGUCCCUGAUGAGCUAUCACUGGGAGUGUGUGGAAACCUCCAAGGGAGAGUCCCUCUGCUCCAGUCUGAACUUUGGCCUGGGCUCCAGUGGUCCUGUCCUGGGGGUCCCUGGCUCUGAGCUGCAGGCCCAGCAGGAGUACACCUUCCGGCUGACCGUCAGCAAGGAGGGUAUGCCCCCCGCCUCUACCACGCAGACGGUGCUGGUGCAGAGCGGGCGUAUCCCCACGGUGUACCUGGACUGUGUCUCCUGCAAGGCCCAGUCUGUGUACCAGGUCAGCCACAACUCCUACGUGUUCCUCAGAGGAACCUGCACCAACUGCCAGGACCUGCAGCACGGGUGGUGGACGGUGGUGACUGACCGUAAUGAGUCCCUGGUGCUGGACGCCGGCAGCACCACCACAGGAAGUGACGGCAUGAACCUGGUGAUCCGGCGCGGCGCGCUGCGCCACGGAGACUCGUACGUGUUCACGCUGCACGUGGCCGACGGCAGCAUGGACGGGGAGGGCGCCGCUUCCAUCACCCUCCAGCCCAACCUGCCGCCCGAGGGCGGGGCCUGUCAGCUGAGGGUGGGGGGGGGGGAGGUGGGGGAGGAGGGGGCCAGGGUGAGCAGCCUGGUGGACAUGGUGCACUUCAACUGUUCAGGGUUCAGUGACCGGGAUGUGUCGGAGACGCCGCUCAUCUACAGCCUGCUGGUGACGCGCUGUAGCCAUGGUUACUGCGAGGACUUCUGCGUGUACCGGGGCCCGAGCGCGGAGCACGCCUCGGUCCUGCCCCCGGGGCUGAGGGGCGGGGCCUACCGGGUCAACGUCACCGUCACCGUGGAGGACCACCAGGGGGCGGCGGUCAGCCCACUCAACAGGUAG